CCGGUCGAGCAGGAGGAGCAGCGGCGCUGGCUCGUCUUGGUUCCUUCCUUCUGCUUCAUCCUCCAUGCGGGAGGAAAUCCCGCAGAGCUCUGUCCCUUUGGAUUCGUUCUUCCCUCUCGUCAGAGGUUUUGCCUAUGUUCUGUCCUCGAUCAUGUUUGUCUGUUAAUUGCCCCAAAUUGAUGCCCACCGAGCCUCUUGCAUUCCCUAGCUAAUCUUCAUCGCCAAUGAGAAAUCUACGGCCUUUAAAUUGCUUCCUGCAAGCAUCAUGUGGAAGUUGGAGCUGAGAUGAUACAAAUGGAUAGCUUGAAGUCGUCCAUAUUGACCAGCAAAUUGAAGGAAUGGUGGAAUACAUUCACAUCGACCAGAAUGAGUUUGUUCACCGAAAGCACAGGAAGCAGAAGGAGGAGGAUAUUGCGAUAUGUGACUGCAGUUACAACGCUAGUGACCCUGAGAGUGCAUGUGGGGAGAGGUGCUUGAACGUGCUGACCAGCACCGAGUGUACUUCAGGGUGUUGUCCCUGUGGUGAAUAUUGCAGGAACCAGAGAUUUCAGCGGAAUCAGUAUGCAAGAACAAAGCUAUUUAGGACGGAAGGUCGUGGAUGGGGUCUUCUAGCUGAUGAGAAUAUUAAGAGAGGUCAGUUCAUAAUCGAGUACUGUGGAGAGGUGAUUUCAUGGAAAGAGGCAAAGCGAAGAUCCCAGGCUUAUGAAAAUCAAGGUAUGAAGGAUGCUUUUAUAAUUUCCCUUAAUGCUUCCGAGUCAAUUGAUGCUACUAGAAAGGGAAGCCUUGGUAGGUUCAUAAAUCAUUCAUGUCAACCAAAUUGUGAGACCAGGAAGUGGAAUGUACUUGGGGAAAUAAGGGUUGGCAUAUUCGCAAAGCAAGACAUACUGAUUGGAACUGAAUUAUCAUAUGAUUACAAUUUCGAAUGGUAUGGUGGAGCGAAGGUUCGUUGCCUUUGUGGUGCGGUUACCUGUUCGGGAUUCCUCGGUGCAAAAUCUCGUGGAUUUCAGGAAGAUACCUAUCUGUGGGAAGAUGAUGAUGACAGGUAUUCAGUUGAAAAUAUUCCACUUUACGAUUCCGCAGAGGACGAGCCUACCUCAAAGCUUCGGGAGGCUCUGGAUUCAACCCAUUUCGGUCAUAGCACACAUGGCCGAGUUGAUUUUUCCAUUAACCCCAACUUUGCUGAUGGUUGGAGGGGCACGAACUCGAUUACUGUUCGUCAGCAAAUACCCAUUCCCAUUCAAGACCCAACCUCAAAUUCUGUAAAAACUGAAACAACUGAAGAAAAGAAUCUUAUUCCACAAAAUCCUCAGAACGUAUUUCCCCAAAGGAAUGCGAUGAUAUCUCGAAUUAAGAGUAAUAGUGCAUGCAGGAAUUAUCAAAUUGGGCCAGGGCCAGGUGUAGUUUCGAAGAAGAGGUCAAAGAAUUUCCCCAAUGGGAAGCCAAAAUCUCUUCCGCAGAAGCAACUUGACCCGAAACUUAUUGCUCAACUCUUUGCAUCCAGCGAAGCACGGGAUGAACUUCUCAACUGCGAGGACAUGAGAAAGGACGCCACUGAGCAACUCGACUCUUUGUACAAUGAAAUAAGACCAGCAAUUGAAGAACACGAGAGGGAUAGCCAAGACAGUGUAGCCACCAGUGUGGCUGAGAAGUGGAUUGAAGCCUCUUGCCUGAAGCUGAAAGCUGAAUUUGACCUUUACUCUUCUGUGAUCAAGCAUGUGGUUUUCACCCCUCGAAAGGUAGAAGCAGAACCACCUGAGGAAAGUAAGAGUGAUGUCAAGUACUUGACUUCAGAGAGCACUGCCUCCGAAUUUCAGAAGCAGGCGUGAAGUUAACAUGGGCGUCGAGUAGAACUUCUUUGCUUUAUUAAAUGACUGGAAGUAUCAGAACCACCACACCGUAGCGAAAUAAGUAUUGGGAUUCGGGUGGAUGUUCUGGGGAGGAAAUGCUGAUCCUUGGGUUACAGAAUGGAGGCAAAUCCCAUCACGAUUGCUCGUAGCUGCCUCCAACAUCUUGCACUUGAUCCAUCUAGGUGAAUGUAAACAUCGACGGGAAGGUAAUUUCAAUGAUGGGCUCACAAAAGUAAUCCCUGAAGUUACUGACCUCAUGUCUGAAUUUAGUUAGUCCAAUUUUGGUGAAAGCAUUAUCACAUGCCGAUGCUCAAUCAAGAGCUUUUAACUUUCAACUCAGAUAUUUUGCUAUCUAGCUGCUAGAUAGAUUUCUCUCUAGUCUCGCGUUUCUGACUAAUUCUUGCUUAUGGAAUUAAUACCUGUUGGACCAAGUAGGUUAAGCUCAACUGAAGAUUUGCCCAACUGUGAGUUAUAUCACUCUUCACUGAUUGCUCUCC